GGGGACUCUGGUUGUGUGUGUGUAGGCUGCAACUCCACUGCUGCGCCGCGCAGGGCAAUUUUGUCAGAUUUCCAAAGUUCACGUUUAGUUUGCUGCGCUGGAAGGGAUAAGGUAAGCCAAGCACAAGCACAAGACCUGACGCUAGGAACUGAGAGUUUCAUACCAUGCUGCAUUUCUUGUCUAUGACCGCCAGCUGGUGCCCUCCAAGCCAAAGUUGGGGAAGUUAACUUUUAUGGAGUGAAAGAACGACUGGUUGUCAAUGGUUCAGAGAGGUCUCCGUAAUUUAUAUGAAGUCAGUGGGUACGUUGUGCUUUCUGGAAGAUGUCAUCUGGAUCCAGUCUCCAACACUACGAAAAUGAAGGGACAAAGAAAGUCGCGAUUGUUGGAGCUGGCUUGGUCGGUGCUUUAAAUGCAUGUUUCUUUGCAAAGCGAGGCUUCCAGGUGGAGGUUUACGAGGCACGGAAAGAUAUUCGAACUGCUAAAGAUGUACGAGGAAGAAGUAUCAAUCUUGCCUUGUCGUACAGAGGCCGGCAAGCUCUCAAAGCCGUUGGAAUGGAAGACCAGGUGGUUUCCAAGGGUAUUCCCAUGAAUGCAAGGAUGAUCCAUUCUCAUUUGGGCAAGAAGUCCUCGCUUCCAUAUGGGAAAAAGGGCCAGUACAUCCUGUCGGUGGACAGAGCAAACUUAAACCGAGAACUGUUAUAUGCGGCUGGCGAAUAUCCAAACGUUAAGUUAAACUUUGAAGAGAAAUUGCAACACUACAGUUUGGAGAAGGGGUCACUGACUUUUAGCAGACCUGAUGGCUCCUUUGAAGUUUCACAUGAUCUUGUUGUUGGAUGUGAUGGAGCUUUUUCAACUGUAAGGAGACAGUUCAUGCGACAGCCCAGGUUUGAUUACAGCCACGUAUAUAUCCCGCAUGGUUAUAAAGAGCUUACCAUGCCUCCAAGAAAUGGUGAUUUUGCAAUGGAACCCAAUUUUCUUCACAUAUGGCCCAGAAACACCUUUAUGAUGAUUGCUUUGCCGAACCUGGACAAGUCAUUUACGUGCACUCUGUUCAUGCCUUUUGAAGACUUUGAGAAACUCACGACAGGAGAUGAGGUGCUUCAGUUCUUCAAGGAAUACUUUCCAGAUUCCAUACCUCUGAUAGGAAUUGAGUCGCUGAAGCAGGAUUAUUUCCGUUUGCCAGCCCAGGCCAUGAUCUCGGUGAAGUGUUCCACCUAUCACAUUGGGGCCAAGUGUGUACUAAUGGGAGAUGCAGCUCACGCUGUCGUUCCUUUUUAUGGGCAAGGCAUGAAUGCCGGUUUUGAAGAUUGCAUCGUCUUCGAUGAAUUAAUGGACCAGCUUCACAAUGACCUUUCUAAAUGCCUUCCUGAGUUUACAAGAUUACGUGUUCCUGAUGAUCAUGCUAUUGGAGAUCUGGCCAUGUACAACUAUGUGGAGAUGCGUGAGCAUGUGAACUCAAAAUGGUUUAUUUUCCGUAAAUAUGUGGAUACUUUCCUCCAUUUCUGUAUGCCGAAGACCAUUGUGCCACUGUACACCAUGGUGACUUUUAGCAGAAUACGUUACCAUGAGGUGAUAAAACGGCAUAAAUGGCAGUGCAAGGUAAUCAAUUCCAUUCUAUUUGUCAUGGGAGCAUCAGCAACAAUAACAGGAGCAGUACUGCUUUUCCACCACUUUCCCAAGUCGCCUCACCUCCUGGUGCUGCAGAACUGGAAUUAUAGCUUCAAAUAAUCAAAUGAUAAACCAAAUCUUUGGAGUUUUAUAACAAAAGUCAAAUGAGCUCACAGUGUGGAAUUUACAAAUAAUGAUCAUAAUAUGGAUUUACAGGUGCACCAAAAGUUUGGAGCUGAUGAAAAAUGCUUGUUGCCCACUGACAUUUAGCACUGCCUGUAAUAAGUAUAAUUUAUUAAUGAUUUAUUUAUUAAUUAUUACACCAGUCUUGUUCUGUCUUUCUCAUUGGCAUCGCUGGGCGGCACAGUAGCGCAGCUUGUAGAGUUGCUGCCUUAAGGGCCUAUCCCACUGUACAAGGUAAUUCAAGAGUUCUCCUGAGUUUCCCCUGAUUUGAACUUGGAGAAUUACGGUAAUAGCCAUUCGUAGGUAUUCGAGGACUCUCGUGGACACUCUCCGCACUGUUGAGAAAACUUCACGAGCUUAUCGCGUUUCACGAGUACCUGCCGUUAGCGUUACGAGCCGCUAAGAGACGUCCCCGAGCUCCGACGUACCCGCUAUGUACAGUCUACGUACUGACUACGAGUUUGAUUUUUUUUUUUACUCGGGAGAGCUCUUAGGUAAACUCGUAUAGUGGGACAGGCCCUUUGAAGCCCUGUCCAACUGUACAAGUUCAUUCAAGAGCUCUCCCGAGUUUUAAAAAAAUCACUCGUGGAAGCACGUAGAAUGUACAUAGCUGGUACGUCGGAGCUCGGGGACGUCUCUAUGCAGCUCGUAACACUAACGGCAGGUACUCGGGAAAUGCGGUAAGCUCGGGAAGAUUCGUGAAGAUUUUUCAACAGUGUUGAAAAAUGUCCACGAGAGCCCCGAGUACCUACGAGCGGCCAUUACCGUAAAUCUUAGAGUUCGAAUCAGGGCAAACUCGGGAGAACUCUUGAAUGAACUCGUACAGUGGGACAGGGCUUUUACAGCGCCAGAGAUCCGGGUUCAAUUCUGGCUAUGGGUGCUGUCUGUGCGGAGUUUGUACAUUCUCCCUGUGUCCAUAUGGGUUUCUCUGGGUGCUCCAGUUUCCUCCCGCAUUCCAAAGACGUGCAGGUUUAUAGGCUAAAUGUCAUCUGUAAAUUGCCCCUGGUGUGUUAGAUACAAAAGUGGGAUAUCAUAGAACUAAUGUACAGGGUGAUCUUGGUGGGUCGAAGAGCUUGUUUCCACACUUUAUCUCUAAACUAACCUAAAUCAAAUCUGGUGUUGGCCAGAAAAAUGGAGGUUUGUACUAUUGUGCCACUGUACCCCAAUAUUAACAGUGCAGCCUGCUUCCUACACUCUCCCGCCAUAAUGCAAGAAAUCGGCUUCCUUUGCAAACUGGAUGGAAUCAUUGAAGUUUGAAAGGCAAGGCUGCCUGUGGUGAAUGGGAUGUCACUGAUCAUAUUCAAGAAGCUGGCAGCAGCCAAAAUAAGAGUGUUACAAAUUGGCUUAUCUUUAUUCUGUACGAACUGUUUAAUAGGCCACAAUUAGAGGUAAAUCAAAAGAAAUGUCAAUUAAGAUUUUGAUUAAAGAAAAUUUGACAUCAAAGCAAAAAAGGAUUAAAAACAAUAAAUACCUCUGUUUAAUCCUCGAAA